CCCCCCUCCCCCCCCUCCUGAUGUUCCUUGCCGCGCGUCAUACGGCCAUCGCGGCCGCUCGGCGCCAGGUGGCCGUCUCGCUGGCCGGCCCUGCUGGCGCUGCCGCCGCCGCCGCUCGGCAGAUGUCCUCAUCCUCCUCGGAGGCCAAUGCCCCGGCCGCUGGCAGCCGGCUGGAGGCCCUGCGCCAGGCAGCCUCCACCGGUCCCGGGCUCGGGGACUUCGCCUCUUCCGGGUCUCUGAAUGCGGCGGCCAUGUGCGGCGUGCCGGCCGGUAGCCCGGACAUGGAGGCCAUGAAUGCCGCGUACGCGGCCUUCGCCGCGUCGGAUCCGAACGCCGCCCCGGCCAAGGCCCGCGGCCCGCGCAAGGCCGUCUCCCGCGUCCCGCCCUGGGCGAAAAUCGCCCUCCCCUCGGGUCCGAACUUUGCUCGGAUCCGGUCCAACCUGCGUGAGCUCGGCCUGGCCACCGUCUGCGAGGAGGCCAAGUGCCCGAACAUGGGCGAGUGCUGGGGUGGCGAGGAGGGCACUGCCACUGCCACGAUCAUGAUCAUGGGCGACACUUGCACCCGUGCCUGCCGCUUCUGCGCGGUCAAGACGUCCAAUGCCCCGCCCCCGCUCGAUCCGAUGGAGCCCAUCAACACGGCCGAGGCCGUGUCCCGCUGGAAGCUCGGCUACGUUGUGCUUACCAGUGUCGAUCGUGACGACCUGGCCGAUGGUGGGGCUGCGCACUUUGCCCAGACCGUCCGCGAGAUCAAGUCCCGGAAGCCCGAUAUGCUGGUCGAGUGUCUGACCGGCGACUUCGCCGGCGACCUUUCUGGCGUCGAGCAGGUCGCUCUCUCCGGCUUGGACGUGUAUGCCCACAACAUGGAGACCGUCGAGCGCCUCCAGGGUGUGGUUCGCGACCGCCGGGCCGGCUACCACCAGUCGCUGAAUGUGCUGAAGCGCGCCAAGGAGGUCCGCCCCGACCUGAUCACCAAGUCCUCCAUCAUGCUCGGUGUCGGCGAGACCGACGAGGAGGUGGAGCAGACCAUGCGCGAUCUCCGCGCCCAUGGGGUCGACUGCGUCACCCUCGGGCAGUACAUGCGCCCGACCAAGGGCCACAUGAAGGUGUCGGAGUACGUGCACCCGGACAAGUUCAAGUACUGGGAGCAGCGUGGCAAGGAGCUGGGCUUCGUGUAUACCGCCUCCGGGCCGCUGGUUCGCUCGUCGUACAAGGCCGGCGAGCUGUUCAUCGGGAACAUCCUCCGCGACCGCCGGGCCGGUGAGAUUGAUGCCGCUCUGCAGCAGAAGGAGGCCGGCUCCGCCUAGAUGGGCUGUGGGGCCACUGUGAACGCCGGAGAUCUCGAAGCGCAUGCCUGGCCGUGUCCCCGUCAUCUCUCUCUCUCUCUCUCGUCCAUCGGCCGCCAUGUAUGCCCUCCUUUUCCCCCAUCCCCCCCCCCCCCUC